CUUCAUGGGAUUAUCUUAUAAACUCGUCACAGCAACCUGAAAGUGAAGUUUUCUUUCGAGAAAUAGAAAUUAAUGUUUGUAAAUUUUUUACUCAAAGCAAAUUCCAGCAUUUCUACGGCGACUUUCUUCAAAACUCAAAGAAAAUGGAUAGAUAUAAUAAGCAAGACGUUACCCAUUCGUAGGAAAGUGCAUAAUUCAAGUAUGAUUUUCAAAAGAUUGCUCUCCACAAGAUAUAACCAAGAUAUUUUACUAUUUGAAUAUGACCGUCGUAGUUUCUUUAAAAUUCUCGGUUUGGCCACUCUGAGCCAACUUGUAUUCUGGAGUUACAUGUCUUACGUCAUGUACGCCUAUGUGAGACCUGCGUCCCAAGUCCUGCGUGAACGAUCAUCUUCGAAGCAAAUAAAGGAAUAUUCGUACUUUCCAACUAUUUUGUUGCAUCCAAAAGUACAGAUGGGGAUGUCUAUUGCUUCAAUGGGAUUAGGAUUGUUCUUCUUUUUUGCUGGAAGGAUGUAUGCUAAGCGGUCAGUGCACCAACUCAUUCUGCUCAGAAAUGGCGCACAGUUAAUCGUGAGAACGCACACACUCUACGGUGGAACACAAGAAAUCUGCGUGCCUCUAACUGACGUGUCAUGCUUUGGUUCUAGGUUUGAUACAUCACCUUUUGUUAUCCUCAAGAUGCGAAAUCAUUCCUACUACUUCAUGUUAGACAAACGUGGUGAUUUUUUGCAAUCCACAUUAUUUGACACAAAUGUUGGUGUGAAACGAUGGAGUUGAGAAAACGUUUAAAUACACAGUACAAAAAUACAUUUAUUGUUUUUUAAACUCUUCGUGUGCACAAUAAAUAAACGUGGUUAACAUUCCAAAA